AUGACCGUCCAGCUAUUAAUCUUCGCGGCGAGGAAGGAAGGCAUGUCCCUUGAAGCCUUUGACGAGCACUGGCGUAAUGGGCAUGCCACUGGAUUUCUCGCGCUGCCUAUCGUCAAGAAACACUGUUUGAAAUAUGAGCAGUACCACCAUAAAAACACCGAACGAGAACAAGCAGAAGUCUCCCUCGGUCUUGACCCCUCUGGAUGGGACGGCGUCGGCCUGGUCGAGUUCGAUUCGAUGGAGGGCGCGCAGGCUGUGUUCUCCGAUCAGGGUUUUCUCGACUUUGUCACGGCUGAAGUGCCUAUUUUCCUAGGCAAGAUGGAACGGGUGAUUCUCAUGAAUGAGCCGAGGGUCAUGUAUAAACGGGAUGAAUAG